AUGAAGUUCCUCGCUAUUGGUGCACUUCUACUCAGCACCGUUGGUGCUAUGGCUACCGAGCACAUCAUCAAGGGUGCCAGUAUCAUUCCUGCUAAGGACAAGGGGGCAUUGAAGAAGAUCGGUGCCCAUGGUCAGAAGUACGCGGAUCGUCGAACUGUCACAAUCCGUUCGUCGAAGAGUGAUACCGAUGAUAUCGCUGAUGAUUUCCUCUGGGGCAUGAAGGCUGCGAACCACGGUGGCAGACUUGUGUUGCAGAAGGGCAAGAAGUAUGUCAUUGGCAAGAAGCUGGAUCUUAGCUUUUUGGAUAACAUUGAGGUGCAACUCGAGGGUGAACUGAAGUUCACCGAUGACAUCGAGUACUGGCAAAAGAACAACUUCUACUAUGCCUUCCAGAAGUCGAUUACCUUCUGGGUUUGGGGUGGACAAGACAUCAAGAUCUUCGGCAAGGGAACUUUGAACGGCAACGGUCAGGCUUGGUACAACGGCUUUGCCGGUCUAGAAAUUCUUGACUCGACCAACACCUACUACCGCCCAAUCCUGUUCCUGACUGAUAACGCCACCCGAGUCAGCGUGGAGGGUAUCACUCAACUCAACUCUCCUUGCUGGACAAACUUCUUCGUUCGCACUAACGAUGUUUCUUUCGAUGAUGUCUUCAUCAACGCCUACUCGACCAAUGCAUCUGCUCUACCAAAGAACACCGAUGGCUUCGACUCCUUGAAUGUGGACGGCCUCAGCGUGACCAACACCCGCGUUGACAUUGGCGACGACUGCUUCUCGCCCAAGCCCAACACCACCAACAUCUUCGUGCAGAACUUGUGGUGCAACAACACCCACGGUGUCAGCAUGGGAAGUAUCGGACAAUACCCUGGUGUCGAGGAUAUCAUCGAGAACGCUUGGAUCGAGAAUGUCACCCUCCUGAACGGUCAGAACGGAGCCCGCAUCAAGGCCUGGGCCGGUCCCGACGUCGGCUUCGGUCGUGUCAACAACGUCACCUACAAGAACAUCCACGUCGAGAACACUGAUGCUCCCAUCGUUCUUGACCAAUGCUACUUCAACAUCAACGCCACCACCUGUGCCGAGUACCCAUCUGCAGUUAACUUCACGAACAUCAAGUUCGAGAACGUCUACGGUACCUCAUCUGGCAAGAAUGGAAAGGUUGUCGCUGAUCUGACCUGCUCCCCUGACGCGGUCUGCUCCGGAAUCACUCUUGCCGACAUUGAUAUCGCUAGCCCCUCCGGCUCUCCCUCCGUUGUUACCUGUGAUGGGAUCGAUGGCGAUGUCGGAGUCGAGUGCCAGUCGAGCUCAGCUUAG